AUGGCUUCUGUCUUAAGGGUUGCUGUCUAUAGUCAUAGAUCUGCCUGGGGAUGUUUCUCUCAGUUUCACACCCAUUCGCGGCUACUUGCUGUGCCAAAUACAAAAAUGUUCAUUGAUGGACAAUUUGUAGAAUCAAAAACAACAAAAUGGAUUGAUUUACAUAAUCCGGCCACAAAUGAAGUGAUCACUCGGGUGCCAGAGUCUACACUUGAUGAAAUGAAUUCUGCUGUUGCAUCUUGCAAAAAAGCCUUCAAGUCAUGGCGUAACACCACCAUUCUCACCCGGCAGCAGUGCAUGUUCAAGUUCCAACAAUUGAUCAAAGAUAAUAUGGGAAGACUUGCUCAAAAUAUUACAACAGAACAAGGAAAGACACUGGUUGAUGCUGAAGGUGACGUGUUAAGAGGUUUACAGGUUGUUGAACAUUGUUGCAGUAUGACAGCUACUAGUCUGGGUGAAACACUCACUGGAAUAGCUAAAGAUAUGGACACAAUGACCAUUCGAGAACCACUUGGUGUCUGUGCUGGUAUCACUCCUUUCAACUUUCCAGCUAUGAUUCCCUUGUGGAUGUUCCCUAUUGCCUUAACAUGUGGUAACACAAUGCUGGUGAAGCCAUCUGAACGAGAUCCGGGUGCUUGCAUGAUCCUUAUGGAAUUGGUCAAAGAAGCAGGUUUUCCUGAUGGAGUUGUUAAUGUCAUCCAUGGAAAACAUGACUCUGUGAAUUUUAUUUGUGAUCAUCCUGACAUUAAAGCUAUUUCAUUUGUGGGAUCUGAUCAAGCCGGUACAUACAUUUAUGAAAGAGGUUCUAAAAAUGGCAAGCGCGUUCAGUCAAACAUGGGUGCCAAGAACCAUGGAGUAAUCAUGCCUGAUGCUAGCAAAGAAAUGACUUUAAAUCAAUUGGUUGGAGCAGCUUUUGGUGCUGCAGGCCAAAGGUGUAUGGCACUGACAACUGCUGUUUUUGUGGGAGAAGCAAAGGAAUGGAUUCCAGAGUUGAUUGAGAAAACCAAACAACUCAAAGUAAAUGCAGGUCAUGAAGCUGGUGCUGAUCUUGGCCCCCUUAUCUCACCUGAAUCUAAGAAUCGAGUCUGCAAUCUCAUUCAGGCUGGCAUUGAUGAAGGUGCUGACGUUCUCUUAGAUGGAAGAAACAUUAAAGUCACUGGAUAUGAAAAAGGAAAUUUUGUUGGACCUUCCAUCAUUCACAAUGUUAAGCCUCACAUGAAAUGCUACAAAGAAGAAAUCUUUGGCCCUGUUCUUUGUUCUCUUUCUGUUGAUACAUUGGAUGAAGCCAUUGACAUAAUUAACAAUAAUCCAUAUGGAAAUGGUACAGCAAUUUUCACAACAAAUGGAGCCACAGCUCGGAAAUUUACCAACGACAUUGAUGUUGGACAGGUUGGAGUUAAUGUUCCCAUUCCUGUUCCUUUACCAAUGUUUUCGUUUACUGGAUCCCGAGGAUCAUUCCGAGGUGACACACACUUCUAUGGACGGCAGGGGAUGCAAUUUUAUACCCAAAUCAAAACUGUUACUCAGAUGUGGCGAGAGGAUGAUGCCACUGGAGGCAAAGCUGCGGUUGCCAUGCCAGUCAUGAGAUAA